AUGGAAUUAAUUCUCCAAUACGAAAAAUUACCCGAAUUACAAAUUGUUGAUUAUGGAAUAACACAUAUUAGUGCGAAUGUUUCUGUACCCCAACAUCUUAUGGACAAGGCAAAUAAAAUCCAUGAAAACUUUUUGGUCCGUAAAACUCUUGGAACAAAAGAAGAUUCAACGCUUAUGAUGACACGCUUAAUACCAAUCAAACAAGAACAAAAUGAUGAGAAAAGUGAACCUCAUUAUAGAGUAACAUUAGUUUAUUCUUAUCCCUUCGAAUUGGAUAACGUUGAUGUUGAAUCCGAUAAAGUUAAAGUUGAUGAUAAUGAUCCUGCAUCAGUUAUCGAACAUGUUAAACGGUUAAUUCGAACAUUAAGACCAGAUUGUGAAUUGACUGAUUUAUUAAUAGAAUUUUGGGACUUGAUACCUAAAACAAUUCCAAAUGAUCCAAUAAAGUUUCCAUUUAAAACUUAUAAUCCUGUACAAUGA